UAUAUAGCCACAAAGUCAUAAACACCGCCCAUUUCUACAAUUGAUCUUCUUAAAAUCUAACCGCUAAUUUAUGCCUAGCCCUCACCUUGAAUUAACACAAACAAAUUGUAGCCAAUUUUGACCUUGUGACUGUGGUAUCUGAUGAGAUCUAGCUAGCUAAAUCUUCCUGCUUGGAACAGUUCAGGGAUAACAAACAAUGGCGACGCUUCUGGGGUUGGAGUCCCCUUGGACUGGAGGAAAACGAAGUGUUCGUAAUGGAAAUAUUAUUGCAAAGAUCAGACAUAGUCAAAUCCUUGGCCGGGGUUUCAGCCGAGGGACACAGCUCCCAGAGGCUCUUCUCCAGGAGAGGGAUAAGCAGGCCAAAUGGCACAGUAUCCCUGAGCUGCUGCAGGAGCUUCAUGAAAGCAGCCAUCCCAACAGUGACCUCUCCCACACACACAGUGUACUAAAGGAACUAUCAUCCCUACUUUCCAUGGAGGCGAUGUAUUUUGUCACAGAAGACAGGAAGAGUGCUCAGGAAUCAACCUUUCCCAUCACAUACACCUUUGAUCUCUUUGGUGGAGUCGAUCUGCUUGUAGAGAUCUUGAUGAGGCCUACACUCACUAUGCAAAAGAAGAAACCUAAAAUGAAUGAUGACUUGGUCAAUGACUGCCUUCGUGUUCUUUACAACUGCUGCAUAUGUACGGAAGGAGUAACAAAGAGCCUUGCAGCCAGAGAAUACUUUGUCCUGUUUCUCUUUACCUUGAUGACGAAUAAGAAGACUUUUCUACAGACUGCCACUUUAAUCGAGGAUAUUCUCGGAGUCAAGAAGGUGACGAUCCAGUUGGAAGGGAUUGCUAACCUGUCUGGUCUGGUCCAGAACUUUGACCAGCAGCAGCUGGCAAACUUCUGCCGCAUCCUCUCUGUCACAGUCUCAGAACCCGACGUGGGGAAUGAUGACAAACACACCCUGCUGGCCAAGAAUGCCCAGCAGAAACAAGACUCUAGCCUUUCAUGUGCAGAGGUCAACCAAGUGACCCUCCUAAACAUCCCGGGCUUCAUCGAGCGCCUGUGUAAGCUGGCCACCAGAAAGGUGUCUGAGGCCACGGGGGCGUCUAACUUCCUGCAGGAGGUGGAGGACUGGUAUACGUGGCUUGACAACGCCUUGGUGCUGGACGCCCUCAUGCAGAUGGCCAUGGAAGAGGCUGAGCACACCAGCACAGAGUCGUCAGACGAGAGUUCGUUGGCCACCAGUACUCUCAGGCACAGCUUGCCCCAGUCCAUGAAGAUUGUCCAUGAGAUCAUGUACAAGGUGGAGGUGCUGUACGUGCUCUGUGUGCUGCUUAUGGGUAGUCAUAGGAACCAGGUCCACAAGAUGCUAGCAGAGUUCCGUCUGAUCCCAGGUCUCAACAACUUGUUUGACAAGCUAAUCUGGAGGAAGUACACCUUAUCCAAUCAUGUGGUGCAUGGCCAGAAUGAGAACUGUGAUUGCAGUCCUGAAAUAUCCUUCAAGAUCCAGUUUCUGAGGCUUCUCCAGAGCUUCAGCGACCACCAUGAGAACAAGUACCUGCUUCUAAGCAGUCAGGAGCUGAACGAGCUGAGUGCCAUCUCUCUGAAGGCCAACAUUCCAGAGGUGGAGGCGUUAGUCAAUACAGACAGGAGUCUAGUGUGUGAUGGGAAGAAAGGUCUCCUCACUCGUCUCCUCACUGUCAUGAAGAAGGAGCCUCCAGACUCCUCCUUCAGGUUCUGGCAGGCCAGGGCAGUGGAGAGUUUCCUCCGUGGAGCCACCUCCUAUGCAGACCAGAUGUUUCUGCUGAAGAGGGGGCUUCUAGAAAACAUGCUGUUCUGCAUCAUAGACAGUGUCUGCAAGUCCAAAGAUGUCCUGCAGAGCUACUUCGACCUCCUGGGGGAACUCAUGAAGUUCAACAUCGACGCCUUCAAGAGGUUCAACAUAUAUGUCAGCACAGAUAACAAGUUCCAUACCUUCAUGAGCCAGAUCAACAGUUCCCUGGUAGACUCCAACAUGUUGGUGCGCUGCAUCAUUCUCUCCCUGGACCGCUUUGAGACCCAGACAGAGGACAGAAAAGUGGUGGAGGUGCUGUCUGAAUGCUGUCUGCUGUCCUACUUGGCCAAGGUGGAGAACAGACUGUCUUUCCUCUUCAGGCUGGUCAACAUCAUCAACGUGCAGACUCUCACACAGGAGAAUGUGAGCUGUCUGAACACCAGCCUAGUGGUCCUGAUGCUGGCCAGGAGGAGGGGCAAGCUGCCCUUCUAUCUCAAAGCCCUGAGAGAGAAGGAGCAUGCAGAGAAGUACCCCGGCUACCUGCUCAACAACUUCCACAACCUGCUGUGCUUCUGGCAGCGUCACUACCUCAACAGGGACAAGGACAGCACUUGUCUGGAGAACAGCUCCUGCAUCCCCUUCAGCUACUGGAAUGAGACUGUGUCAGUGCUGCUGCGUUCAGACAGGACUUCUCUGUGUGCCAUAACCAGCUACAUAGAUGAGCCCUUCAUGGACCUGGACAGGGACCUGCUAGAGUGUUAACCCUAGGAGAGUUUGAGCUGGGCUUGUCGGGGGUUGCUGGGGUAUGGACACCUAUAAUGGUUGAUGACCCCGCCAAAGAGCAUAGCCAGAUCAAGGGUCAUCCAGCGACCUGGAAGUGCUAUGUGACUGUGGCAGGACACCAACUCGCUGCUAUGCUGUCUGUAACUUGGCCAGGGGGCCAUUACUGAAGAUGAGAGGGAUGAUUCUACAAUGCUGGACAUCUUCACUCUAUGCUCCUGUUCUCUUUGUAGGAGAAGAAGAGAAGAAUGCACCUGUCCCAGACCCCACAGUAAAGAAAUAUACAUUUAUUGGACCUUGAAAUACUCCUUUGUUGGUGGUUUGCUUUAGGUGAAAUCAAAUGAAGCCUUUUUUAUAUAUUACAUAAAUAUAUGGAACAAUAUAUUUGUCCUAUGCAACAAAAAUAGAUAUAUACAGUACCAGUCAGAAGUUUGGACACCUACUCAUUCAAGGGUUUUUCUUUACUUGUACUAUUUUCUACAUUGUAGAAUAAUAGUGAAGACAUCAAAACUAUGAAAUAACACAUUGAAUCAUGUAGUAACCAAAAAAGUGUUAAUUAAACAAAUACAGAUAUAUUUGAGAUUCUUCAAAGUGGCCACCCUUUGCCUUGACAGCUUUGCACAAUCUUGGUAUUCAACCAGCUUCACCUGGAAUGCUUUUCCAACAGUAUUGAAGGAGUUCCCACAUAUGUUGAGCACUUGUUGGCUGCUUUUCCUUCACUCCACAAUCCAACUCAUCCCAAACCAUCAAAAGUGGUUUGAGGUUGGGUGAUUGUGAAGGCCAGGUCAUCUGAUGCAGCACUCCAUCACUCUCUUUCUUGGUCAAAUAGCCCUUACACAGCCUGGAUGUGUGUUGGGUCAUUGUUCUGUUGAAAAACAAAUGAUAGUCCCACUAAGCCCAAACCUGAUGUGAUUGCAUAUUGCUACAGAAUGCUGUGGUAGCCAUGCUGGUUAAGUGUGCCUUGAAUUCUAAAUAAAUCACUGACCGUGUCACCAGCAAAGCACCAUCACACCACCUCCUCCAUGCUUCAUGGUGGGAACCACACAUGCGGAGAUCAUCCGUUCACCUACUCUGCGUCACAAAGACACACGGUUGGAACCAAAAAUUUCAAAUUUGGACAGAUUUCUACCGUUCUAAGGUCAAUGUCAGCAUUUGUUAAUUGAAAUGCAUUCCAUGUGACUCCAUGAAGCUGGUUGAGAGAAUGCCAAAAAUGUGCAAAGCUGUCAUCAAGGCAAAGGGUGGCUACUUUGCAGAAUCUGACAUAUAAAGUAUUUUGAUAUCACUCUUUUUUUGGGGGGGGGGGGGGGAUACUACAUGAUUCCAUGUGUGUUUUUCAUAGUUUUGAUGUCUUUCUUCACUAUUAUUCUACAAUGUAGAAAAUAGUAAAAAAUAAAAACCCUUGGACACACCUACUCAUACACACAGUACAAGUCAAUAGUUUGAAUGUGUGUAUAGUGUUGGUUUCAUGAGCCGAAAUAAAAGAUCCCAGCAAUUUUCCAUAUGCACAAAAAGCUUAUUUCUCCAAUUUUGUGCACAACUUUGUUUACAUCCCUGUUAGUGAGCACUUCUCCUUUGCCAAGAUAAUCCAUCCACCUGACAGAUGUGGCAUAUCAAGAAGCUGAUUUAAACAGCAUGAUCAUUUCACAGGUGCACCUUGUGCUGGGGACAAUAAAAGGCCACUUAAAUGUGGAGUUUUGUCACACAACACAAUGCCACAGAAGGCUGCUCAUCAUGAUUGGAUGCAGAGGUAGCAUCAGUCUUGUCCAGUGGUCUUUGAAUUAACAGCAUCUUCACUGAUCUAUAUGGAUGUUGGUCUGUCUCUUUUAGGAUGAAUCUAGUUGACCAGUGCUUGUGGCUUUACUCAGCCCGUCCAGGUUGCUUGUGGAUCUGAUGAUGGUUCAUAGUAUGUGGGGCCAUGUGGUGGGUGAGAUGGGGCUUUGGACGGAAGUACCACUCCCAAGAUGCCACCAACCCAUUCAUGACUUCACCUUUUUGUUUUUCAGACACUAUUUUUGUUUGUGUCUUGUUAAGAGACUUGCUUUUAGUUCUAAAUAAAUUGUAGAUAAAAAGAUGCACUGUUGGAAUUGUGUGCAUUCUUUACUGUAUUUCAACAAUUAUUUUGAUCAAAUACAUUUUAAUUUUGUACCAUACUUUGUAUCCAUCAAGUGAAGGGUGGUUUUAUAGAAUAAUAAACUAUGCAGGUUCUCGUG